CGAGAAGAGACGACAAUGGCGCGAGAUUAAGUACAAGCCACAGAGCUCUGUAGGAAAAUGCGAGUUUAGUGAAUUCCGUUGCGGUAUACGGUUCACAGUUCACACCAUAGCUUUAUCCCAACCACACCGCAUAGUUAUAGAGAGAGUUGCCAAAAUAAUUUUAAAAAAAUAAAAUAAAACAUCUUCUUCUUCUUCUCUCUUUCUCUCUCGCUCGUUCGGUCCCCUUCUUCCUCGCCGUUGUCGCUCUCUUUUGAUGCUCCCUUCCGAUCGGCGGCGACAGCUUCAGGCGAACAACUGAGAGCUCGUUCGUUCUGAUUUAAUCUAUCAUACGGAUAUAUAUAUAUAUAUUCUUCCCCGAGAUCGAUGCGCCAACCCAAUCUUCCUCCAGAUUCAUCCCGCCAAUCGAAUUGAAAAUUUCACCGUCGACGAUUCCGGGCUAAUGUGGGAGUGGGAUUAGGGUUUUUGCCUUCCUGCGAAUUAGCGAUUCCACAGUUGGGCGUGUUUUUGAAGGUACCAGUCACGUGUUCCGUUUCUCUUUUGAAAUUCGGUUUUGAUUUGCUUUCCGUAUUUGGGGAAUUCCGGAUCUCGGAGGUUCGGAUAAGGCUGUGGAGAGUCGGGCGCCCAAGGGGAAAGAAGACCAGUGUCGCAUUUCCCCGUAGUUCGGAUCUUUUGUAAGAUCAGGGGGACGGGGUCCAAGCUACCGUUGAGGAUCCUGCAUUGUCCGGUAUCAGUCCCUGUUCGAGCAGGCGAAAGCUUGCAGGUGGGGAUACAAGAGACGACUGUGUAUGGGGAGAAAUGUGCAGGAUUGAGAGGACUGAGAAAAAGUGUGUUGAAAUUGGACAAGGCAGAGGGAGAGAGAAGAGAGAGAUGCGAGGACGGUUGGUGAAUGGAGUGGAGAUAGUGAAGAAGAGUUUUUCCAAGUCUAAUAUGAAGGUCUGGAUGUUUCGCGCAACAACUUCCGUCUUGCUGUGGACCUGCAUCGUUCAAUUGACCACCAUCGGCGAGCUGUGGGGGCCUAGGGUUUUGAAAGGAUGGCCUUCCUGUUUCUCCCACGAGUCAGCUUCCCUUUUGCAGGAGAAGCUUCCGGGAGUUCCAGCUCGCGUUUUGCCUCCCAAGAGGGUCUAUAGGAACAACGGAUAUCUUGUGGUUUCGUGCAAUGGAGGUCUGAAUCAAAUGCGAGCUGCGAUAUGUGACAUGGUUGCCAUAGCAAGAUACUUGAAUGUCACUCUUAUUGUCCCAGAGUUGGACAAGACAUCCUUCUGGGCUGAUCCCAGUGAGUUCCAGGACAUAUUUGAUGUUGAUCAUUUCAUCACAUCACUCAGAGAUGAGGUCCGAAUAUUGAAAGCCUUGCCUCCCCGUCUUAAGAGGAGAGUGGAACUAGGGAUGAGUUAUUCGAUGGCACCAAUUAGUUGGUCAGAUAUAUCCUACUACAGCGACCAGAUUCUUCCUUUGAUACAGAAGUACAAAGUCCUUCAUCUUAACAGAACAGAUACAAGACUAGCAAACAAUAAUCAGCCUCUAGAGAUUCAGAAGCUACGUUGUCGUGUGAAUUUCGGUGCUCUUAGAUUCACUUCUCAAAUAGAGGAGCUGGGUAAAAGAGUUAUAAGACUUCUCAGGCAAAAUGGUCCUUUCUUAGUACUUCACCUUAGAUAUGAAAUGGAUAUGUUGGCAUUCUCUGGUUGUACUCAAGGCUGUAAUAUGGAAGAAGUGGAAGAAUUAACAAGAAUGAGAUAUGCUUAUCCUUGGUGGAAAGAGAAGGUAAUAAAUUCCGAUCUUAAAAGGAAAGAUGGAUUGUGCCCUUUGACCCCCGAGGAGACUGCCCUUACUCUGAGGGCACUGGAUAUUGACCCAAGCAUGCAGAUCUACAUAGCUGCUGGUGAAAUAUAUGGCGCGGAGAGGAGAAUGGCAAGCCUUGCAGCAGCUUUUCCAAAGCUGGUGAGAAAGGAAACACUCUUGGAACCAUCAGAUCUGAGGUUCUUUCAGAAUCACUCGUCCCAGAUGGCAGCGUUGGAUUAUCUCGUUUCAUUGGAAAGUGACAUAUUUGUGCCCACCUAUGACGGAAACAUGGCCAAAGUUGUUGAAGGCCACAGAAGAUAAUUGGUUUUGGAGUACAAACUCCGGUCGUGAUAUAGGAUCCAAGUUUAAUAUUUUGUCCAAAUCAGAGGACAAAACCUUGUAUUUCUUGGGUUCAAGAAGACGAUAUUACUGGAGAGAAGGCUGUUGGUAGAUUUGAUAGACCGGUAUACGAAUGGGUCACUGAGUUGGGAUGAGUUUUCGGAUGCGGUGAAGGAAGCACAUGCCACAAGGAUGGGUAGCCCAGGAAAACGGCUAGUGAUCCCAGACAGGCCUAAGGAAGAGGAUUACUUCUACUCCAACCCUGAAGAAUGCCUGCAGCAGUUGGGCGAGCCGCUUUUUAGCAGUAUGCGAUGAUUCAUUUUGCUGGAAAAUUUAGUUACGAGAUUGGAAAUUCAGACAGAAAUUAUCUCCUCCCUCCCAUGCAUGGUGCUCCCCUUUAGCAAUGCAGAAGAGAAAGAGAAUGGUAUGAUUGCUUGGGGGGUGAAGAAGUGAUGCGGGAUGAAAGCAAGCUAUAUAUCAAUGGCGUUUAGUAGUGGGAGGGUUUCCUCAAUCUUCUUAGUAUAAUGCAAAUAAUUUAUUUCUCUCGUUGUAUAGAACAAGAAGAAGAAGAAGAAGAAGCAAGAGCCCUGCCAUUACAGGGUGAGAGGGUUGUGACAUCAGUGGAAUGAUUGAAGCAAGACCAGGGUGAAAAAGUUGUACUUACACAAAAACGGAGGAGAGAAGGGAGGGAGGGGGAUUUAUUGCAUAUAUAGAUAUAUCUACUCAUAUCAUGUCUUUUGUUGAACGAAGAUUGUGCCUCUAAUGGGACGGUGAGAGUUUAAUCUUCCUUCCAUUUGGUUUCUAUUUUUUGUCCCACCUUAUUGCUCUCUUCUCGAGUUGUAGCAACAAUUUAUUCUUCACAUAAUUUAAGAUGUGAUAACUCAUCAUCUGUGUUCAGUUCAGUUCACUGCUGGU